UAACAUUCGUUACCAAAACGUCGAUGCGAGUAGUUCGUAUUUAAACGAACCUACGAAAUAAAUUAUUAUAUUUUCAACGAGAGUGACGAGCAAACAAGCGACAAUUAAAUUUAUUGAAAACUCAUCGUUUUGGAUAUUUAAGUUUCAUUCUUUUUGUGGUAGUUUUUGCGUGGAAAAUGCAUUGAUAAAAUAAGUUUUGUGCUCAUUGGUGACCACGUGCAUGGAUUAAAGGAUAUUUAAAGCAUAAUUUUUUUCGAAGAUUUUUUUUUGGAAAAAAGUUUUUUUCAACAAGAAAAUUGAAAACUUAAAAAACUGUAAAAUUACACUUUUUUUUGAAGUGAGAAAAUUAAAUUGAUCGAAUAAACCUGGCGUUGUGUUAUAAUUGGAGAGGAAAAAUUCAUAUAAAAACAAUGUAUUUUCGUGUGUUGAUAGUGGUUUCAUUGUUAAAGCUCGGCGAGUGUCAUAAUAAUUUUUUUGGCACCGCUGAGCUGAUGAGAGAUUCACAGCAACCACGUCGAAGUCGAUUGCUAUCUGAUUUUGUGGAUGAUAAUUCAAGAAGUGGUUUUGUUCCCGUAUCAAUUCCAUUAUCAUCGUCAACAGCAACGGUGGCUCGGUCACUUCCAACGGUCAGCAGUGAAAAGCCGUCGACUGAAGAGCCACAACAGAAACCGGAAACCAUUGAAGAUGUAGAAGGACCCAUACCAACGGCCGAUACAAUGCGAAAGUAUGCGCGCAUUUUUAAAAUGGACGCCGAAACAUUGAAUGAAAAACAAAAAUUACUUUUGCAACGAAUUGUGCAACGUAUUGCACGAUUAAAUGGAGCAAAUCCAAAUGACGAAUCAAUCGAUUUGAAUGACAACGAGGGUCGAGCUCGUCGCAAAAAUCGUGACGAUCGCAAAAAGAAUCAAAAGAAAAAUGCAUUAACCACCGGCGGUAGCACAACCACCAAUAUUGAAGUGGUUACAGAUCCAACGAAAACCACAUCGAAAAUCAAAACAACAUCAUUGGGAGGCAAUGGCACUGGUGGAAGCAGCAGCAGUGCACAGAAGAAGAAAGUUGCUACAAGCAAUAACUAUAUCUCAAUUUCAACGGUAGCCGCUAGUCCAACGAUGCCAACAAUUGCAUCAAAAGUGGGUAAGAGCAAAGUGACACAAGCCAACGAUUUAACACUAACAAAUGCCACUAGCGUCGAUUUGGGCAACAUUUCCACCACAUCAAUUGUCGAUAUUCUAUCAACGGAUAAUGCACGUGAAAAUUUCUACAUGCGAAGACCAUCACCAUCGACGAUCACAAAUUUACACAAUAAAAUUCAACCGCAAAAACCACAGUCAAUAAAACCGACUAAGUAUCACUUUUAUCCACAUAAUCAACAUAUUUACGUAUUACCCGAAUGCGCCAUUCAACAGGUAUGCAACACAGUUUACGUGAGACUCAACUACACGCAACCAUUAUGCGCGUGUCCAUCCAGAUAUCGCGAUCCAUGUUCGGCCAGUAUUGAUGAGGAUGAUUUGCAUACGACGAAAUUGAUUGGCGAUCCGCAAAAAAGAGCUAUCACAUUGGCGAAAACAUGCGAAGCAACUACGGAGAUGAGAGAGUGUCGCACACCACGUGAUUGGUCUUUGUUGGCACUGCAAAAUAUUCGAACGGGAAAAUCACACUAUUUGGUGAUUUGCAAAUGUCCCGAUGCAUACAAUUUGGAGGGGCCGAUGGCACACGAUCAACCAACGUAUGCGAGUGUACCGGGCAUUCGAGUGUUUGGAAUGAUGUGUGUGAAACCGUCGGGCGAAGUGAACAAUGGAUAUCAUAUUCAACGGCCUGUACCGCCAAAACGCAAUCAAUACCUUCAAUCACAAGCGUCAUAUUACAAUCGUUUCAAAAAGCAUACACUCUCAAAACUGACGGCACAACAAAAAACCAAUGAAAAUGGAUCAAAUCUAUCAACUCAAUCGUCCGAUUCGGCCGAUUUCACCACCCGAGGAAUCAGUAUAGUUCCAGCAAAUACCGAGGCUCGAGAAGAAGAAUUAAAUGAAAGUUCAAACGAAGGAGAAGAAGUUCCAUCGAGUACAUUCGACGCAUUGUCCAGUUCGUACAGCACAACAAUUUCAUCGACUGAUAGCGUACCAACGGAAUCAGCCACAGACACAACGAGUCGAAAGAAACGGAACAUCGAUGAAAGUGCAACAUUCGAACCAAGUAGUCGAAUCAAACGAUCCGAUUGGCCAGACAUUCCAUGGGAUGAAAUUAGCCAACAAAUCAAAGACAUUCAAUGGGAUUAAGUGAAUAAAAUGAUUUACAAAAAAACUGAUCUGAACUGAAUGUCACACUGUGUUCACCAUCGAAUUUUCACAAAUUUUAAACGAAAAUGCUAUGAGAAAUCAAUAAGCAAAUAAAGGCGACACCUGAACAAACAAAAAUAAGACUUUUCACACAAGGAAAAAUGCCAUCCACAAAUUUUCCCACUUCCACUUCUCCAUCGAAACCACGUCGUCACGCCACAACUUCACUUUUUUUUAUACAAUUCCAUAUUUUGUGUAAUUUUAAACAAUUUGAAACUAUUUGAAAUUGAAUCAAUUUGCUCGACAUUUGAAUUGCAAAGAGAGAAAAAAAAUAACAAAACGAGAAUUUAAUGGCUUGGAAACAUCGAUUAAAAAUGAUGAAAUUGAAGUUAAAUCAUAAAAUGAAAUAAAUUAUUUGUUUUAGAAUUUGAAGAAAAAGCGAGUCUUGAAAACACACACACUUUCGAAUAGUAGACUACAAUUUUUUAUAAAUAUAUAUAUAUAUAUAUGUGUAUUCAAAAGUAUUAUCAACACGCAUUCAAACAUUCAACUCAACUAACCGAGAUGUAAUACUUUGUAACAGUUUCUAUACAUAAGGAUUAAUUUAUAUUAAUUUAUUUUAAAAUUAAUUUUUUUUGUUCGAUUUAGGCAAUUUUGUUUUAAAAUACUGACAAUCAUGAUACAUAUAUGUAACGUGGAACGAUGAUGAUUGAUGAUGAUGAUGAAAUUACGAUUUAAGUUUUAAAUUCAUAAGAUCGAUUCUAUUUAUAAAAAGAAAUAAAAAUGGCAAAACUGAAAAGCCUGAUUUAAUUUUCGGAUUUUCAUUACAAGGAAA